AUGGCCACUCUCCAGCUCGCAACGUGGGCGACGAACCUGACCUACGCCAACCUCACAACCGGCGUGGUGGAUGCCGCUGUUAAGAGUCUUUACAACUGGGCCGGAUGCGCAAUCGGGGGUUACAUCCAAGACGCACCCCAGAUUGCGCAGAACACCACCCUCGCUGCCUUCAGCGGUCCUCCCACAUCGAGCAUCCUUGGCGCCAAUGACUUCAUCAGCGCAGGGUACGCGGAUGCGCAGACAGCGGCCUUGAUCAAUGGCAUCGCCUCACAUGUUGAUGAUUAUGACGAUACCCAUUUGGAGACAAUCAUCCAUCCAGCUGGACCCGUCGCUAGCGCGCUCUUUGCUGUUGCCGAGUGGAAAGCCCCAGUCUCCGGCCAGGAUUUUAUCACCGCCUUCGUGGCUGGUGUUGAGGCGGAGUGUAAGCUGGGUUUGUCAGUCUACCCCGAGCAUUACAACGUGGGAUGGCACAUCACGAGUACAACUGGAUCCAUAGGCGCCGCAGUGGCAGUCAGCAGACUUCUUGGAUCUGACACCACUACUAUGCGGAACGCCAUCGGCAUAGCAGCAACCCAAGUUGUUGGCAUGCAAGAGUAUUUCGGCUCAGACACGAAGUCAUUCCACGUCGGCCGGGCCGCGCAAAGCGGUAUGCUUGCCGCCCUACUUGCCAAGAACAACUACACAAGUUCAUUGCAAGGUCUUGAAGCCAAGUUUGGCUGGCUUCACGUCGUCAGCACGCGUGAGAACGCAACGGCCUACUUCGAUCAACUUGGCAAGAUAUGGGAAGUUGAAAAGAACACAUUCAAGCCUUUCCCUUGUGGCAUUGUCAUGCACCCAUCCAUCGACGGCGCAAUCCAGCUCCACAACCAGAUCUUGCAAGAAGGCAAGGCCAUUACAGACAUUGAAUCUGUUCAGCUUCGCGUCAACCCGCAAGUUCUGAUCCUCACAGGCAAGACGGAUCCACAAACCGGCCUGGAGGGAAAGUUCAGCAUCUACCAUGCCACCGCUGUGGGUCUGCUCUAUGGAGAGGCGACACCUAAGGAGUUCACCGAUGCUGUGGUGAAGAAUCAGACGGUGGCUGAACUGCGGAAGAAGGUCAACGUGACAACGGACGCAAGCGUGGAUAACGCCCAAGGAUACAUCACGUUGAACUUCAACGAUGGGACAAAGUUGGACAAGCACAUCGUGAACGCGAUUGGUAGCCAGGAGAACCCACUCACCGUUGAGGACCUGAAAAAGAAGUUCAUGGACCAAGUCACCAUCGCUAUUGGCGGGGACAGGGCGGUUAGAGCGUACGACGCAUUUGCUAACAUCGGGAACUUGACUGAUGUUGGCAAGUUGAGGGGAAUGUUCUAA